AUGGUGAAGAAAGCAAAAAAGACACUGGAAUUUGAUUUGAACAUGCUUCAAGUGUUCAAGAAGGUUGAGGUAACCAUACCACUUCUUAAUGCUAUUCAACAAAUUCCAAAGUAUGCAAAAUUUUUGAAAGACUUGUGUACACACAAGGAUAGGAUAGGAGAAUUGGAAACAUUAUCCUUGGGUAGUUCAAUUUCUUCCUUGAUGGAACCUAUUCCAAAUAAAUAUGGUGACCCUGGGCCUUGUUUGGUGUCUUGUUGUAUUGGUGGACGCACUUUUCAUGAUUGUAUGUGUGACCUUGGAGCUUGUGUGAGCAUUAUGCCACUUUCUACCUUUGUGCGGUUGAAUUUAGCUCCAUUAAAGAAGUCGGCGGCGAGGUUUGCCUUAGCCGAUAAAAGUGUGAUCACGGUAACAGGAAGAGCCAAAGAUGUUCUUGUGGCGAUCAAGGAUUUCGUUUUUCCGGUUGACUUUUACAUCCUUGAAAUGCCUCCAACAAAAAAUAGAAGCUCAUCCUCCGUUCUACUUGUGGUAGCAGAAGUGCAAGAAGAAGACCAUAACAAGUUGUGCUACCAUAUUGUUGAAGAGACGGAUGACCAAGAGGGUGAACAUGAGAAAGUUGUUGAGAAUGAACUCCGUGAGCUUGACAAAAAGGAACCUCAGCUUGAGGCAAAGAGUGAAUUGAAGCCUCUUUCAUCUCAUUUGAAGUAUGCUUUCUAA